AUUGUUCAUGAACUGUGUUGAGGUUUGGACUGUCUGGUUACAGAACGAUGGAGAGCUUCGUGUUCCGGGAAGUUUCAUUGAUAUUGUUGUUGGUAGUGCAGUGUGUUGCAGCUCAUGGUAGACAUGGUGGAGUUGGGGAGCAGCCACUAUCCAAGAUUGCCAUCCACAGGGUCCUCUAUGCUCUUCAUGAUGAUGCUUCUAUCACAGCACAACCUGCCCUUCUUGGCACCAAGGGGGAAGAUUCUCAGUGGGUCACAGUGAAACUUGAGUGCCCUGCCCCUUCUGAAGAGGAUUGGGUUGCAGUCUUCUCUCCAGCAAAGUUCAACUCAUCUACCUGCCCGCAUGAUGAUGAACCAAAACGACAACAGGCUCCAUAUAUAUGCUCAGCUCCAAUAAAGUAUAAGUUUGCCAAUGAAUCCAAUGGUGGGUAUUCAAAGACAGGGAAAACAUCUUUAAAAUUUCGAUUGGUCAAUCAGCGGGCAGAUUUCUCUUUUGCAUUAUUCUCAGGCGGUUUAUUAAAUCCAAAACUGUUGGCAGUUUCAAAUACCGUAACUUUUGCAAAUCCAAAGGCACCUCUUUAUCCUCGCCUCUCUCAAGGGAAGUAUUGGAACGAAAUGACAGUAACAUGGACAAGCGGGUGCAAUGUUAUUGAGGCUGUACCUUUUGUUGAGUGGGGUCUUAAGGGAGAAUCUCAAACUCAAUCGCCUGCCGGAACAUUGACUUUUAAACGAAACGCCAUGUGUGGUCCGCCGGCAAGAACAGUUGGUUGGCGCGAUCCUGGUUUCAUUCACACGAGUUUCUUGAAGGAAUUGUGGCCAAACUUACUGUACACUUACAAGCUUGGUCAUAGGUUGUUUAAUGGUACCUAUAUCUGGAGCAAGUCUUAUUAUUUCAAGUCAUCGCCAUAUCCAGGGCAGGAUUCAUUGCAGCGUGUUGUGAUAUUCGGUGACAUGGGAAAGGCUGAACGUGAUGGUUCAAAUGAGUACAAUAAUUAUCAGCCAGGGUCACUCAAUACCACAGAUCAACUCAUCAAAGACAUAGACAACAUCGACAUAGUUUUUCACAUAGGAGAUAUCACAUACGCAAAUGGAUACAUCUCACAGUGGGACCAAUUCACAUCACAGAUCGAGCCCAUUGCGUCAACUGUACCAUACAUGAUUGCAAGUGGCAAUCAUGAACGGGAUGUACCGGGGACUGGGUCCUUCUAUGACUCUAAUGAUUCAGGUGGUGAAUGUGGUGUUCUUGCUGAGACCAUGUUUUAUGUUCCUGCUGAGAAUAGAGCUAAGUUUUGGUAUUCAACAGAUUAUGGCAUGUUCCGCUUCUGUAUAGCUGACAGUGAGCACGAUUGGAGGGAGGGUUCUGAACAGUACAAGUUCAUCGAAAAAUGUCUUGCAACAGCCGAUAGGCAGAAACAGCCAUGGUUGAUCUUCAUUGCUCAUCGUGUUCUUGGUUAUUCCUCCUCAUAUUGGGAGGAUGGUUCAUUCGGGGAGCCCAUGGGAAGAGAAAACUUGCAAAAGCUCUGGCAGAAGUACAAAGUGGACAUAGCAUUCUUUGGCCAUGUCCAUAACUACGAGAGAACAUGCCCCAUAUACCAGAACCAGUGCGUGAAUACAGAAAGAUCUCACUAUUCAGGCACCGUUAAUGGAACAAUAAAUAUAGUUGUUGGAGGGGGAGGGUCCCGCUUCUCGGGCUUUGGACCGGUGCAAACCAGGUGGAGUAUUCACAGAGAUUCUGACUUUGGCUUUGUCAAACUCACUGCAUUCGACCACUCAUCCCUUCUCUUGGAGUACAAAAAGAGCAGUGAUGGAAAGGUGAAUGAUUCCUUCACCAUUUCAAGGGACUACAGGGAUGUGUUGACCUGUGUACAAGAUGGCUGUGAACCAAUCACUUUGGCUCCUUGACUCAAUGUAAUUUAUCCUGUAUGUUUUACUUGGGAAACAGCAUGAUCCCUCGUUUUUAAUGCAGUUACGAUGUUAAUAUUACAAAAGAAAAAUACUUUGAAUACUACAUUUUUUUACUAUAAUUUUCGAUCUAA